CUCGCGCAUCUUAUCAGCUGUCGACGUCAAAAAUAAAGAAAAAUAAAAAAUAAUAGAAAAUACUUGGAUCCGCAGCCGGAGACCAUGAAAUGAGUUAGUCCGAUUAUCAGGAGAUUCCCAAUCCGAGUCCCGAGAUGACGGAGCAAGAGGAUUUAGCCAGCGGCAGUGCAUCCACGGGAUCGGGAAACAAUUGCCAAAACCAAUUGCAACAAUGCGUGCGUGGGAAUGUCACCUGGGAUUUAUUGCCCGUUCACCUAAGAUCCGUGCUCCACAACAAUCAGCGCGAUUACGAGAAGUUUGUAUUCAACUAUAGCUUGAAGAACCAGCUAAGAUUUCGCGGUAAUCUAGCCGCCAAGGUGUUCCGCCGGGAGCAGCGAUACUACGAGCUGUUGGUUCAGAAAAGCAUAAAUGGCUUGGGUGCAUUUCCAUAUCACCUGGCGGAUAUCGUAACCAAGGGCUUAAGGGUUACUCCCUUCAACUAUUACCUGGAUGUUUUGGGUCAACUCCUGAGGAGCGACAAAAGCUACGAUACUUUGCCGAACUUUACGGCCGCCGAUUGUCUUCGGGUUUUGGGGAUUGGCCGCAAUGAGUACCUGGCCCUCAUUAGCGAUCUAAAAACCCACACGCCACGAUCUUUGAUUUUCGGAUCGCGACCCAAUCCACUGGACUUUCUGCCACGCUUUCCCGUGCGCAUUCACAUCGAGCCCUGGUGGCGAUUGGAUAUUGGUUACGUUCUAGAAGCGGACAUCAGGUAUUUAUCGCCCGCCGAAAGAGGCCUGCUGGAUGACUUGAUCGACUUCGGUGCCCAGCCGGCUGGGAAAUGCGACCACGAGGUGGUGCAUAGCCUGUACAGGAAGGGCCUGAUCUAUUUGGAUGUGCCCAUUAGCGGGGAGGACAGGAUUUCCAUUCCACCGCUGCGCAACUUUGUGAUGAACCGCGUAAGUGGGGAUUACUUCGAGAAUUUGCUGUACAAGAUCUUUGUCAGUGCGGAUGAGCACAUGACCAUUGCCGAGCUGGCGCAAAUGCUGCAAUUGGAGUUGGACAGUGUUAAGCAGGCGAUUUCGUUUAUCUGUCGACUUGGAUUUGCCCAUCGCAAGCAGGAUGUGUUACAGGAUCAGCCAAAUCAUUCCAGCUGGGAGAUCACACCGCUGAACUACAACCUACAUGCCAGUAGCAGCUUCGAAUUUGACCAGAGUCCCAAGUCGCCAAAGACGCCCAAGGAAAGGGAGAAGGAAAAGGACAAGGACAGCAGUUCCAUAGGCUAUCUAUCCUCGGAUGGCAACACCAGUGACUUUAGCUUUGCCAAUUUAAAUACCACGCCCCAAGAAAGGAUAAACAACAGCGAUGAACAAGAGCUGAGCUCAGAGUUGGAACCGGAGGAAAUAAAUACCCCAAAGCAGAAUGCUCCAACGACUGCUGCUCUGCCAAAAAGCGGCAAGAGGGUGGGCUUCCUCUUCGACUCGACGCUCACCGCCUUCCUUAUGAUGGGCAACCUUUCGCCCGGCUUAAAGAACCAUGCGGUGACCAUGUUUGAAGUGGGCAAGUUGUGCGAGGAGAGCUUGGACAGCUUUUUGACCGAACUGGAGCAGGUUUCGCUGCUGGAUGCUGAGGGCGAGGGUGAUGUCUCGCGUUACUUUGCCCACGCUGUCAUUCUCCGUUCCACAAUUUGCUCCUUAAGGCACUUGCUGCCUGGUGGCUUGGAUCUGCUGCGACUGGAGUGCCUGGAGGGCUUGGAUCGGCAGACCAGAGAUCGCGUUUUGGAAAAGAAGUACAAGUUUAUCAUAGCCGCUUCGCCGCUGACAGCGGCGCUUAGUCACACAUUUAGCAUUCCCUACUUUGGCCAAUUUUUGCGCAGCUCCGAUGUGGCGCCCAUGUGGAGCAAGCUGUUCUACAACCAUAUCACAGGCUAUGGACCGCCCAGUUUAUUGCUCAGCCGCGGAACCGUUUUGAAGACUUUGCCACGCCUUUUCCUGGGCUAUGGAAAACUCCUGGUUAACAUUUUGCACUCCGACUCCUACGUGCUCAACUCUGAGAAUUUCCGCAACAUAAACGAUCAGCUCAAGAACGGUUGUGUGUUGCUUCAGGGUUAUGGAAUUCGUACAGCCGGAGAGCUCCACUACGAGUCGUUUCCUUUCCAGCCAACGGACACGCGCCAAGCCAAAUGGGCUGCCCAUCGAGCCGUCCGCAAACUGUCCAACCUUUUGGACCUUCGCCAGCAAUGCGGCUACAUAACAUUCCUGAACACUGGAGUGCCGGAUCUCGGCUGCGAAGAUUACGAGCUGCAGGUGCGAUUGAAGCCCGCACAGCGCCAGAAACGAUCGUCAAUUGCAGCGCCCAGCAAACCGAACCAUGUGCCAAGUACCGAGGUAACUAGCUUUCAACUAAAGAGUCCCGAUGAAAACCACUUUGCGACCACGCCAGAACAUGGUCCGGCCAAUGAGUUCACCUCGCCGGAUUGCAGCCAAGUGCUGGCUAGUGAGUUGGCCAAAUGCAGCAGUCGUGCGGAUCUAGUGUCACAGAGCUCGGUGGAGAUUCCAAUGGCUUUGGAGGAUAUUUCCCCUACUGUAGAGGAGGAGGAUGGCACUGAGGAGUGGACCCUGCUGGACGUUAGCUUUGGCGUACCCCUAUUUGAUGUGGAUACCAAUACAAGGAUUUGCGAGCAGCUUGUCCAGGGACUCUGCAGCGAUGCCAACUUGGAGGCACUGCCCGCGGCAGCCAGCCAGGCGCAGGCUCUCUUCCUGGAUUUCGUGCAGCAGAGCUUAUACUUCGAGGACGAUCCUGCCAGACAGUCAGUGCAGGCCAGCCGUCCGUUGCCACAUCCCAGGAUCAACUUGGCAUUCGAAAACGGACGAGUGGGCCAUUGGAACGGGCGCUAGAGAGCCCUCGCUUUUAUGCAUUCCCCAAGUAUUCCGUAUUUCUUUUACUUUCCCAGUUACUUAUCAGUUUGUGUACAGUUGGCGGAACGAUUUAUAAGCAAACAGAUUUAUAUUUAUAUAUACGUAUAUAUUACCGCUACCGCGUUCACAUAUGUAUGCUUACCAUCGGCCAAGUCAAGCAUCGCAGUCUUAAAGUUUGCGUUCGUUUUUUAUUAGUUUUGUAAGCUCCCUGGGGAGACAGAAAGAUAAAGAUUUGCUUUGUGCCCUCCAAACAUAUACACAUGCAUAGCUAACAUACCUAAACAUAUAACUAAUGUAUGUCUGAAUAAAUGCAAUUUUAAAAACUUA